GCAGUCGCUGCCACAGGUGGCAGUAUACUUCUUGGCCACUGUCCUUUCCUCUGCCCUAGUCGUCGGCCCGGUGAGUCUUCUUCGACUGCCCCUGCUGGCGCAGCUCAUGUGGGCCGUGGCCACGCGCCGCCUCCGGAGACUGCUUCGACUUCCCGCGGUGGAAACCGAGAAGAGUCAGUUCUUGGCCGCAGCGGCCGAGGACUGCUUGGACACGCCGCCCAUGGCAGCAGAUCUCUCGGCGUUGUUGCUUGUGCUGCUUGUUUGCGUGACCUAUGCCGCUCUGGCGCCGUUGAUCAUCGUCGCCGGGGCCUUGUUCUUCGCUUUGCGCUGGCUGGUCUUGGCACUGCGGUAUCUCUAUGUCCAUGUCCCCCGUUUCGACUCGGGGGGUGCCUUCUGGUAUCUGCUCUGGGAUCAGGCCAUCAUGGCCCUCUUCCUGGGGGAUGUAGCGACCCUGGCUGCUGUGGCGCUGAGGUCCGGCUACGCGCAGCUGCCUUUCCUGCUGCCGCUGCCAUUGCUGCCCGUGGCCUUUCGCCUCCGUGCCGAGUUCCGCUUCGCCGAGCCGUCGCGACGGCUGUCGCUGCGAGCCGCACGGACGCUCGAUGCAAGGGCAGAUCCCAACUUGGCCGAUCGCUUCCCCUUCGAUGCUUACUGGCAUCCGGCGCUUCGGCAUCCGGCCCACGUGGAGGAAGCUCGAUCCAGAAGCUUCCUCCACCCCUCGGCUUCGGAGCCGAUCUACGACAAGGAUGUCCUUCAGGAUUAA